CGAAAUGUUUAUUUUAUUUAGUGUAAUGAUCAUUGACAUUUUUAAUCCACCUGUAUACAUUUUGCAACAAGUAAUUAAUAAUUAUUUUCUUUGAAAAAGCACUUAAUUUCGAAUUAUUUUUAUAAGUUAUCUGAGUUAUACCUUUUACACUUCUACAACAAAAGAAAUUAUGAUAUGAGAUAAAAUAUCGUAACGUCAUUACCAAAAAUGUGUCAUGAAAUAUACUUAGACAUAUAGUUAUGAAGUUUUAAGCUUAAGUCUUAUUAAUCCUCACAUUUGUAUAAAUAUUUUAUUAAGUUCAAGCAUUUAUGGUUCAUGAAGUUUUUAUAGUGAAUCCAAAAUGACUUCUAACGAGCCACUACUCGUUCAAGCUGUAUAUUCAUUUAAAGGAAAAAAUAAUGACGAGCUGUGUUUGAAUAAACACGAUAUUGUGAUUGUCACUCAAAAAGAGGAUGGUGGCUGGUGGGAAGGAACCCUUAAAGAUAAAACUGGUUGGUUUCCAUCAAAUUAUGUUAAAGAAUAUAAACCUCAAGGAGAAAAUAUUACAAACAAUAAAGUGCCAAAUAUACCUGUGGAUUUAACUGAACAGUUAAGAGCUAACCGAGCUGUGGUUGUUAUGGAUAUUGUGGAAUCUGAAAGAGCACAUGUCACUGAAUUGAAGACACUUAUUCAGAGUUUUUUAAUUCCUUUGAAAAACUCAAAUAUAAUGACUAUUGAUGAGUACAACCAAUUAGUAAAUAAUAUUGAAGAAGUUUCAAAAACUCAUGAAGGGCUUUUGGAAUCAUUGGAACAAGUCUCUGGGUUACCGCAGUCUGAUCAAAGAAUAGGCAAACUGUUUCUAAACAAAGCAUCUUUUAUUCGGACUGUACAUAUGCAAUAUUGUGCUUCUCAUCCCAGAGCAGUUAAUAUCAUUGAUAAAUAUAAAGAUGAAUUAAACCAAAUAAUGGAAACACAAGGUGCAGUUAGUCCUGGUAUUUUAGUACUCACAGUGUCAUUAAGCAAACCAUUCCGAAGAUUAGACAAGUAUAGUGGGAUGCUCCAAGAACUUGAACGACACCUUGAAGAAAGUCAUGUUGAUAGAGGAGAUACCCAGCGAUCCAUCAGUAUUUACAAAGAAAUUGCGACUGUAUGCUUAUCAACAAGAAAACAAAAAGAAUUGGAAUUAUCAAUUUUAAGUGGAGUUGUACAAGGAUGGGAAGGCACUGAUGCAUUAAGUUUAGGCGAUGCAAUUAAAAUUGGUUCUGUUGCAUUUGGUUCGGAGCAUAAAGAUAGAUAUCUAAUGUUGUUUUCUACCCAACUAGUUAUUUUAUCAGUGUCCCAAAGACUAAGUUCAUUUAUUUAUGAAGGUACACUACCAUUAAGCGGAAUUUGUGUCAAGAAACUAGAUAAUAAUGGUGCCAUUAAAAAUGCUUUUGAAAUAUCGGGCCCUUUAAUUGAUCCAAUUGUUGCCGCUUGUCAGUCCAAAGAAGAGCAAAUUGAUUGGAUACAAAAAAUUAAUAAGCAAUUAGGAAAUAAGAGUGUCAUUAACACUACAUCUAGCAAAUCAAUGGAAAAAGUUAAUAGAUUAGCUUGGGAUGUGACAAGACUUAGACCCAUUCCACCACUUCAAUUUUAUCACAACAUUAAUGAAAAAAAUAUCCGUGUAGCAAAAAGAUCUGAAAGAACAUUUGAAGAUGAUGGGAAAGUCUUGAGAGUAUUUGAAGCAUUUUGUUCAAAUACAAAAUCACGUCAUGCUAGUUCAGGUGAUCAUUCUUUGUUAUUGUUGUAAAUUAUGAUGUGAAAUAACUUAAGUAGUUAAAUAUAUCUAAAUACAAUUUUAUUAUAAUUUCUGUACCACUAAUAAUGCUGCAAAGCUGUAAAUAAUAUUUGUUAGGCAAUAGAUAGUAUUAUGUUAAAUAACAAUAACAGAUAUGUUAACGAUAUAUUAUUAUACUAAA